AUGAUUAAUGAUUUGGAUAUCAACUUGUGCCCACUUUCUCCUUUGGAAUUUCAUACAAAUUAACAGCAGAUAAUUUCUGAAUAAUUCUUGGAAUAUGAGAAUCGUUCUAAAAAAUGUAGAGUUAGUUCCUAAUGUUUACUAAUAAAAAAGUACUAUUUUUAGAAUCAUUAUAGAAAAAUUAGACAAAAGAAAUCUAGGCCAUCUGUCCUUCGAAUAGAAGAAGUAGUUAGAAAUGUGAAGUUGUACAAUACUUGUUCGAGCCAACAGAAUCUAGAGAAUCUGGAAAUUAUUUAAAAUAAACCUCUUGUGAAAUCUAGUUGAAAAGAUUU